CAACGAACAAAAAGGACUCUCGCAUCAUCGAGUGGCCGAAACGGACGAUCCUCUCUCUCUCUCUCUCUCUGCACUAUAUUACGCUCUCUACUGUUUCUUUUGUCUCUGUUAGCGGUGUAGCAGCACUCUUGACCUUCGAGUUCUUUGCUCAAUGGACACCGUCUAACACUCUAUCCAUCAGACCCCAUAUCAGAAAUUUAAAGAAAAAAGAGUAAAAAAUUGUUGGCGAAGUUUGCGCGGGGUCUUGAUCAUGGCGGUGGUGGAGAAUGCUGGGAUUAGCGUCGUGACAUCAUCAAAUCAGACCGACUCGAAUGCCCCGCCGGAGAUUACCUCCGUGGAUCAUAUCCACCCGCAGUUUACAAAGACCACUGCUAAUCUGAAGUCAACGAAACCCACCGAUAGUGGUUAUCACCUGAUACAGUCCAACAGCCAUCAACAUCAGCUGCAUAGAGCAAAUGGAGAUGGAGUCUCGAACGCUCUUCUUAACAGUAAUCCGGCAGGGAAGAAUAUGAAUAGUGGAAAUGAUGGAGAAGAGGGGUUUAAGAGAGAGAUGAGGGAUUUAGCGGAAAUGCUAUCUAAAUUGAAUCCCUUGGCAGAGGAAUUUGUGCCGCCAUCACUGGCUGCGAACGGCGCCGGUGGCCACCACAGACUGAUGAUAGCCUCACCACAUGAGGCGGCCGCUGGGUUCUUCGGGUAUAAUGCUAACGGUUUUGUAAUGCAGCAACCUGUUAACUCAGGAGUUCAAAACGGGAAUUCCUUUAGAAGGAAGAAAAAUGGCUAUGGCCAUGGGAAGCGGAGGACUAAUAACAGAACAAGCAUGGCACAGAGAGAAGAUGUAAUUAAGAGGACAGUGUAUGUUUCUGACAUUGAUCAUCAGGUUACUGAAGAGCAACUUGCAGCAUUAUUCAUUCAUUGUGGGCAGGUAGUGGAUUGUCGGGUUUGUGGGGAUCCUAAUUCUGUACUUCGUUUUGCCUUUGUUGAAUUCACUGAUGAAGAAGGGGCAAGGAAUGCUUUGAGUUUGGCGGGAACUAUGUUGGGAUAUUAUCCAGUGAGAGUGCUGCCUUCGAAAACUGCAAUUGCACCUGUGAAUCCAACAUUCUUGCCAAGGUCGGAGGAUGAAAGAGAAAUGUGUGCUAGAACUAUUUACUGUACAAACAUUGAUAAGAAGGUUACACAAGCGGACGUCAAACUCUUCUUUGAAUCUAUUUGUGGAGAGGUUCACCGCUUGAGAUUGCUUGGUGACUAUCAGCAUACGACUCGUAUAGCUUUUGUAGAGUUUGUAAUGGCUGAGAGUGCCAUUGCAGCUCUUAAUUGUAGUGGUGCAGUCUUAGGAUCACUGCCAAUAAGGGUUAGCCCGUCGAAGACCCCUGUUCGACCACGAUCACCUCGUCAAUCCCUGCACUGAAGUGCUUGUCGAGUUGCUCUUGAACUAAUCUUCUGAUCAAGCACUCUCUAUAAAUACAUACAUAAAUAGAUACCCCUACUUUGUGGAAUUUAUGUUUUUGUUUUUUUCCUUCGCAUCUCAGCUCACCUGCAAGGGAUAAUUAUGGUUUGUCCUUUUAGCUUGUAGAGCAGGAUCGUUUCUGAGGCUUAACUUUGGUUAACUGUGUUUCACAUUAUGUUGAGUUGGAUAGGCAAUGCCUCCAAGUACUAAUGCUGUUCUCUGCUUCGAACUUUUUAAGUUAAGAAACUUGUUCGUGAAGUCUAUGCCGAGUCAAAUGUUAUGAAUUUCUCUGUUUUCUUCU